AGAUCGGAGUAGUCAACAAAACGUCAACAGGAAGCAAGGAAAGCAGACUUGACGUUUUGUUCUAGCUAUUCAGCGAACUGGAGAUCAGUCGCUUUUGCAGAGGAGGUACAUAUUUUGUAUUAGAAAGUUACAAUAUGGCCAAGGUUCCGAUGCGGACAGUAUUAGCAGGAGGACCUGCCUCUUUCGAUCCCGAUUCCGCGGUGCACUGUGGCUUCGGUGCUGGGAGACUUGCGUUGGCGGAGAAUUUGAAAGGAGCCGAGGAGGUACCGAUGGAUCGCGUAUUGCAGCAUUUGAACGGCUUGGAGGACGAGAGUCGUGGCGAUGGUAUUUUGCAGUAUAGUGAUGACACUGCCAUGACCCGUUGUGUGGUCCAGUCUCUGCUGGCCAGGGCAGGGUUUGACGAGCGAGACAUGGCAGGCAGGUUUGCAGUGGAAUAUAGCCAGUCUCCUGGGCGGGGUUACGGGGCAGGUGUGAUCCAGGUGUUGAGGAAGCUUGCUUCGCCGAACCUGAACGAUGUCUUCCAGCCAGCACAAGCUCAGUUCAGUGGUCGUGGCUCGUUUGGGAAUGGCGGUGCAAUGAGGGCUGCACCUUUUGCGCUGGCUUUCAGUAAAAUAGCCGACAUUAAGAGGUACUCCAGGCUUGGUGCAAUGUUGACCCACUCCUGUUCACUGGGUUACAAUGGAGCCGUACUGCAAGCCCUUGCGGUCCACCUGUCCUUACAGGGGGCUUUGGAACAGCCAGAUGAGUUUGUCAGAAAACUCCUCUUGGAAAUGGAGGAGGUGGAAGGAGAGGAUGUUGCCCGCAGUGACGCAAGAGUUCUCAAUCAGCCAGAGUUCCCAUUCUGUAAACGUCUGCACAAAGUCAAGGAUCUGAUGGAAAGAAACAAUGUCAGCAUUGAGGAAGUCAUAUCUGAACUAGGCAAUGGCAUUGCAGCCCUGCACUCUGUCCCCACUGCCAUCUUCUGUGUGCUGCACUGCCUGGAGCCCCGGGAGGCCCUGCCUGAGCACUACGGUGGCCUGGAAAGGACAAUGGCUUACAGUCUAGCCCUGGGGGGAGACACAGACACCAUUGCCUGCAUGGCAGGCGCCAUUGCCGGGGCCCACUAUGGAAUCGAUGCAAUCCCCCAAGCCUGGCAGCGGUGCUGUGAAGGGGCUGAGGUUGCUGAUAUUAAUGCUGAGCGCCUACACACCCUGUAUCACCAGGCACUGACUGAAGGAGACUCUGGGACCGAUAGUCAGCCACACUCACACAGCAGCACGCAACCCCCUAAGUGAUCCUCUCAUUCCUUGGUCCUUUUUUUGCCAUCUGUUGAACACUAAUCUGUCAUGAAUAUCAACCCCUGGACCCCCCAUGUAAAUGUAGGAAAGUAGUUAAUAAAUCCUUUUUAAUGUCAA